AUUCUUUGAUAAACGUACUACCGCGUUUUAACAAACAUCCACAAACCCAAUUUUUAUAUUUUUGUCCUUUUUACAUUUUUUUACCAUUAUUUAUUUCUACAAUUACCUGUUAAAGAAAGCCGAUUAACUGCUCAGCUAAUGAAAUCCCUGCUUUUCACUCUCGCCAUUCCCAUGACCAUGGGAGCGUUCACCUCGGUUGCACCCGCCGCCUCCAGCGCCGAAAUCUACAACCUAGGCAUUCUCGAUGCCCUUGACCGUAUCGCUGCCCCCCAAGCAUCCGCCAGUGUGCAGUGCCAGGGCGAUUGCCAAAACGAAAACCUUGGCACCCCAAAUGCCAGCCACGACCUGACCCGAGGACUUGUCCGUGCCAUCUACAAUGAGUUCAUGGAGCCCCUGACUGCAGAGACCCCUGCGUCGGAUAACCACCUUGUCAUUAAAAACACACCGGUCCUUGAUAAUCUUUUUAAUUUCAUUAAUGACAAGGCAGGGUCGGAGGUAAAGCGCGUGGAUAGAUGGGCUUCCAAAUUGCAGGCUGCUACUAGUGUUGUGGCGGCGGAUUCCGACGCUUCGGCUACACCAGGGUUUGACUUUAAUUCGUGGGCUGAUAGAGUGGAUAAUGCCGCGCAUAGACUGGUUAACAAUGUGAAUGGCGUGGUUAUGGGGUUCCUGGAUGAGAACGAGGCUGAUGCUGUUGUUGCCACGGCUAACCCGGAUAACGCAGCACCGACAGCAUCCCCUGCUCGUUUCCUCUGGUUCUAAAUUAUAAACAAUUUAUUUCUUUACAAUAUACUUUUUAUUUUUUUUAUGAAAUUACAUUAUGAUACACAAAAAAGCAAAUACAAAUACAAAACCAUUUUUUUAGCUAAUCGAAUAACUUUCAAGACUAUAUGCGCUGGAGGCAUUGCUCGACGUCGCUCCAUGGAUUCCCCCUAUACUUCAU